CUUAUCACGUGAUAAUAUUGUUUUCAAGAUGGUCGACGAAAUAGCUAAGCAAAGCAUUUCUCUGCCAAUCAGAUUAGCAAUGAAUUAACCGGUAUCUGAAAGGAGUGGGCGAAGCUCGUCCUCAUUGUGCAAUACCUGUAUCAUUUACAACGAUGGGAGACGAGGCGUGUGCUGCAGAAACAGACGCUGGAGGCGAGGAGGGAGAGAGGCGGAAUUCCCCUGUCAAAAUGAAACCACCAAACAAGAAGAAGUUUGAAGCAGAACUGCAGUCAAUACUGACAAGCAUACAGGAAAAGGAGGCCCAGCUAAAAACCCUCAAGGAUUCGUCUGCAUCAGAAGAUAACAUUCACUCCCGACUACGCCACACCAGAGCAGAGAAAGACGCCAGCAUUGAACGACGCAAGAAAAUAGAUCUUGACCUGAGAGCACUGAAUCAUGAGAUUUCAAAAAAGAUGGAUGCCCUGACCAAAGUCCAGGCCACACUUCAUUAUAGAACGGAGAAAAGGAUUCAUGAUGCCAUAGGGAAACUGGAGCACCAGUUGAAAACCCACAACUUUAAGCUGAGUGAAGAGAGAAAAAUUGUAGCAGAAAUUGACAGUUUACGGAGAUCAAAGAAGGUGUUAAGUCAAUAUUUGACCCAGAAGGCAGAGAUAGAAGAGAUGAGAGAUAGACAGAGAAAGAUGAGAGAAGAAAGAGAUAGCCAGUUUAAAAUAGUCACAGGUCUGAAGAGCAAGGAAGAAGAACAGAGGCGCACCUUGAGUGCAUCACGCUCCAAGACAGAGACCCUAAAGAGAGAGUUAGACCAGCUUUAUGAGCAGAAGAGGAAGAUUGUAUCAGAAUUUAAGAAGGAAGAAAAAGACUACAAUGCAGAGAGAAGUGAGAUAAGGAAGAAACACAGACAGGAGAGCUUUAAGAAACGGGAGGAGGAACGUAGAGCACAUGCUGAGGCGAAGCAGAAGGAAAUAGAGCAAUACGAGGCCACAAGAGAACCCUAUGAAAAUGAAAAACUAAUGUGUUCAGCAUUGAUCACCUAUCUGCAGCGUUUUCUCAAUCCAGAGACAAGGACAGAAACGGCAGGAGACGUGGGCGUCCAGGAAAAUCCCUCCAUUGUAGAAGAGGCAGAAGGCAUGUAUGUGUUAAGGAAAAGGUCCACUGAGGAAGACACCAUCCCUGGAGGAUGGAAGAAGCAGACUUCUAAGAGAAGCAAAAGGGACAGGAAGAGAGCUCAGAACAAGCCAAUCAGUCACACUCCUCAGACCUUGACCCAGUUUGCUGCUCUCAAUCUUAUGGCACCAGCCCACACAGACGAGAUUACAGCUUCUAUUGAACAGCUUCGUGCCAGAAAGAAAUACUACGAUCACCUUCCUGGUCCAGUCCGAGGGGAAGUUCGUACCUUGCCAGAUAUCAGCGUUCAAGAGGUUGAACACCACAGUCUUUCCUCCCUUCCUGAGAGUGCAGACAGCAAUGCAUUUAGUUACUCGCGCUCGAUUUCGCACACAGAAUCCGAGGGUUCCUAUGAGCAGCCCAUGUGUGUGACAGAUCUGGAGGAAAGUGCCGAGGAGGGUGAGAAGGAGAACGGGAAAGAGGAUCCAAUUUGUUCUUCAUUUCAAGCUUCACAGGGCACUGAGAUGCUUGUAGAAAAUGUAGUAUCAGAAUGCGUGGGUGCAAGUGGUGCAGCUCCCCUAAAUGCCACAGCCUCACAGGAAGAAGGAACACUAUCUGUUGGCAUCGAGGAACCUGAUUGCGAUUCAGGGCCACGUAGUUCGACUGAAUCUACCUCAUCCGACAGCAGCCAUUCCACUGUCACUGAACAUACAGCUGGUGACAGCCCCUCACAUGAUGCAUCACAUGACAAGUCACAUGGUACCCCAUGUGAUCCCCUUCUCAUUCCACAGCUAACCAAAUCACAAGUGUCUAGAGACAAGGAAAGACAUGUUAUUUUUAAAGACAGCAGCGAUGUCAUUGAUCCAAUAGAAGUUGAUAUGGUACAUGAAGAAUGCUGUGAGGAAGAGAGCAAAAAUGUAAACAAGACUGUAGAUGGGGCUUCAGGCAAGACAAGCCCACUGGUUACCUCUUAUUCAGGGCAUUUACCAAGAAAAAGACGAGAAAUAGAGAGUUUGCAAGAUAUUUUUGAUAAACUUGACUUUGCAGAAUUAGAUGGAGAAAACAAUCCGAGUCUUUGACCUUUAAUGAUCUAACUUAGGUCGAGGUCAUUUUUUAAAAAAGAAACAUGGUGUUGGUUGCCUUUAAAAAAGAGACAUUAAUGUUUUUUGUAUGACUUUAUUUUUCUAGGAGCCUUGGUUGUCUUCUAGUUUUAAGUUAAAAUUAGUUUUAUUGAAAAACAUCAGUGGGAGUGAAGAAAAAUUGCUAGGAAUUAUUGACGGAGAAAUUCUGAUAUAUACAAAGACGAAUGCUACACAUCCAAUGGUUUUAAAACAUAGUAUUUGCUUCUUCAUUUUCACUUACUUAUGUUUCUCUUUUUAAAAGGAUUACGAUUGAUAGUGAGUAAGGUUUGUAUUUACAAACAAAAGCUGAGACUAAUUUUUAAACUGUUCAUUUGCAACGACUUUAUUACAUUGGCAUAUCAAACUAUUUUUUUAUGAAAGUAUUAUAUUUUCCUGGUAAAUACAAUUUUACCACUUGACUUUUAUCAGAUGCACAAACCCGAGCUUUAAUGACUCUACUUUUAAAAAGAGUUUUACAGCUUUAAAGCUGCUGACUAAAAGAUUAUUUUAAAUGGGAUGAAAAUUUGUUGCGAACGUAAUUAGAAAAGGGUAAUAAUGUAGUAAUGUAGUUCUGAUUUUUUUAGACAUCCAAUUGAUUACAAGUUAUUUAAAUGAUUACCCUUGUUUACUUUUUGGUAUUGUCAUCAUUAUAUUUAUUUAUUGUUCCACGUUUUACGUCGUGUAAUGUGUGGGUGAGGUGACAUUUGGCGCAGACGUAUACGUGCGCCCUCUAUCGUCAAUGUGAUAAAGAGGCAAAUGUUCAGAGCACUAUUAUCGACAUGUACAUGAAUGGAAGUUAUACUAUUAGGUAUAAAUUUGAUUGUUUUGUUAUCAUAUUGGCCUAAUACAGAUGUAUGGAUGA